CGGAGCUGAAGCCUGAGCCCGCCUGAGAGCUGCCGCCUCCUUUCCCGUGUGUACGGCCUGACUCUUUCCAACUGGGACCACAAACCCUAAGGGUCCGCCAUGGCUCGCCUGAGGACGGCGCAGCUGCUGCUCCUGCUGAUGUGGGUGGCCGAAUGUGCCCAGUCCAGGGCUACUCCGGCCAGGACUGAUCUUCUCAAUGUCUGCAUGGAUGCCAAGCACCACAAAGAAAAGCCAGGCCCCGAGGACAGUCUACACGACCAGUGCAGUCCCUGGAGGAAGAGCGCCUGCUGCUCCACCAACACGAGCCAGGAAGCGCACAAGGACGUUUCCUACCUGUACCGAUUCAACUGGGAUCACUGCGGUAAGAUGACACCUGCCUGUAAGCGUCACUUCAUCCAGGACACCUGCCUCUACGAGUGCUCCCCUAACUUGGGGCCCUGGAUCCAGCAGGUGGACCAGAGCUGGCGCAGAGAGCGCGUCCUCGACGUCCCCCUGUGCAGGGAGGACUGUCAGCAGUGGUGGGAGGACUGCCGCUCCUCCUUCAGCUGCAAGAGCAACUGGCAUGAGGGCUGGGACUGGGCCUCGGGGCAGAACCAGUGCCCCGCGGGCGCCUCCUGCCGUCCCUUCAGCUUCUACUUCCCCACCCCUGCCGCUCUGUGUGAGGAGAUCUGGAGUCACUCCUACAGGCUCAGCAACUACAGCCGAGGGAGCGGCCGCUGCAUCCAGAUGUGGUUCGACCCCGCCCAGGGCAACCCCAACGAGGAGGUGGCGAGGUUCUACGCGGAGGCCAUGAGCAGGGCCGGGCGUCAGGGGGCCUGGCCACUGGUGUGCAGCCUGUCCUUGGUGUUCCUCUGGGCGUUCAGCUGAGUCCCUUCCCACACCUGGAGCUCCCUGCUGCUCUGACAGCUCUCUAAAUAAACCAGACAUUCCACAUG